AUGAUUAACGAAGCCAAUUUCAGGAAUGGAAUCGGUACCUUUAUCAAGCCUACCAAACUUGCCACUAUUACGGCUGCUGCCUUCAGGGCACAUGCACGACGUCUGACCAAGGAGAACCAUGUUGACAUGUGCACGAAUAUCAGCGCCCAGGGCAACUCUAUGGUGACUGUCGUUACUCAAUCGGUGACUGAGAUUACUUUUAUGGUACAUUCAGUCUUCGACGGCGAACCGCUUGGUGAGUCUCCCAACCUCCAUGAGUGUACAUCGGAUGAUUGCGAUGCAACCGGAGUAUCUAUUUCGAGCCAAUGCAUCAUUCAAGGAUGUACAAGAGUGCAGUGCACAGUUGCCGAUCUACGGCGAUACCAUUUCAACGUAAUGUACUGCAUCUCCGUCUAUUCUUUUACAAACUUAAUUCGGGAUUAUCUGGUUAUGAUUGAUGCGGAUAACGUUGAUGAACCCAAACUCGAAGCUCGUCUGGAUUCGUUGAAUACGGAGCUACGUUUGAAGGAGUUUCAGCUUGAGAGAAUGCGGUCGCAUUUAUCUUUUCUCACGGAUGAGCACACAAAUGCUUUGAGGACCAAUGCUAACGAGAUUGAACAAAGUGAGGAGAAGAAGGCUAUGCUGGAAUAUGAACUCAUGCUGCGCAACGAUGAGCUGCAGAGAGUCAAGCAGGAGCAUGAUACCUUCAUCAGACUGGCACAUCUGGUUGGCUUAUCGGAGGAUCAACUAGGUAACGUUAAUAGUCCUUAG